AUGCGACCAGUCAUGCCACAGGUAUUGCUUGCGGCAAUGCUUUGGCUCCUGGUGUCUGACAGCAAUGCACAAAUGUUCGACCAUGACAUGGGUGUAUUAGAUAGACGGGUGCUAACUGAUGGCGUAGACUAUGAGCUGUUCAACAAGACGCUAGCGUCAAAGCCAGGAUCAGGCUCUCGGGCUUCACGGACAAAUUCGUCGCAACAACAACAACAUGUGACAAGUCCGACUAACCGUCUGAUACCUGCAUACAAUCCUCCAGAUAGAAACACUUUUACUCCACCUUUACCUCCAGAGCGGUUCAAUCCUUUUGCUGACAAACCGACACUUAGGGGUAGUAAUUCAGAAAAGCCAUUGCAAACUAGGCGGCCAGGAAUGGUGCAGACAAAAUUUGAAAAAGAAUUUAUACCCAUCAGGCCUGUAGAUGUUCCAGUAGCUGAUACAAAAAAGAAGACUAUAAACACACCUAGUUUGAAUAAGUUAAGAGUGCCAGAAUCUACUUAUUCAGAACCAACUAGUACUACAGCAGUUAAUGGAUUCAAAGGCCUUAACGAUACUUAUAGUAUUGUGGUACAGCAAGUACAAAACUUGUCAAGCCCAAAUGUUUUUAGAAUAUUGUUUGAUGAUACAGGUAAAAAAAUGGAUGGAUUAUUAGGUAACGAUAAGCCAAACUUUGACCAGGAUCUGAAACCAUCUCGAACUGAUAAACAAGAAGUUCCCAAGCCCACACCACGAAUUGUACAACCAAUCGAAACCACCUCUUCAUCUCAAGUAUAUGAAACGACAUCUGAAGAAACAACUGAAAAUGAACCAUCAUUAUUUAAGGAGCAACAAGUAACAGAAUCUAAAAAUGAUGUUGAUAUACCUGAAUCACAUCCAGAGAUUGUUUCUAUGCCGGAUCAUCCUGAACCAAGAGCCAGGUAUAUUCUUGGCGUUUUUUGGGAUGUUCAUGUUUAUUUAAUUGAGAUACUUUUCCUGAUAUUGGUAUUUUGUUCAAUGGUUAGUAUGCAAGGAUAA